UUCUGCUUCCCUCUGACUGUUACAGAGGCUAAGUUCUUUCAAAAUUCAAACUGAAAAGAUAUGCAAUGCGUAUACAAACCUUGCAUCCCGUCUACUCCUUAUCCUCCACAACUUAGAUUACCAAAUUCAAAUCCCAAUCUUUCAAUCCCCAAAACCCAAACCCAAACCCAAAUCCCAAGCAAGUUUCUUGACAACACUAUUCAGGACAACGAUAUCAACGAUGCUUCUUCCGGGUCUGGGCUUGCAAAACUUCCUUUACCAUCCCAUGUUAAAUCCAUUACAAGCACUUCAAACCCAUUUGUGAAGCACUGCCUCAAGCUAAGAAACAGUUCCUCUUACCGUCACGCUCAUGGUUCCGCUCUGGUUGUGGGUUCUACUCCUAUCAGGGAAAUAUUCAGGUAUCAAGAAUCACUGCAAGAGAAAACUGCUAGAAUAGAUUGUUUACUGUUGCUUGACAAAGCUGAGAUUCCUGAUGGACUUGAUAAUUACUCUAAUAGGAUUGUGAGGAUAAACACUUUGAUAAUGAAAAAACUUUCUGGGGUGCAAUCAACUGAAUCUAUAGAAGCAAUUGCCUUAAUGAGGAUGCCUACCACUUUCCUAAAUUUGGAUGUUGAUCAAGGAGAGUUAGAUUGCAGAAGUUGGUUUGGAUCUCCACACCGAGUUCUAGUUCUUGAUGGCAUUCAGGACCCAGGUAACCUUGGUACUUUACUCAGAUCAGCAGUGGCCUUUAGAUGGGUAAGGAAUGAAUUGAAACCUGAAAAUCUCUUUUUUCACUUUCUGUUUGCUAUUCCUUUUUUACAGUUUUUCUCUGCUUGUAUGUGAUUGAGCACAUGCUGUUACAUGAAAUGCUUAUUAGAAAUUUCUGAAUGAAUUUUAAUAGCAUUUUUUAGCUGUCUGUUGAAACUUGAAAGCAUUCAUCAGCUUGAAUGGUUUAACUGUCAUGAAUCUACCCAUUAACAACCUCCAUACAGCAUAGUCUCUCAAGUUGCACACAUGAGACACCCAAAUUACAGCUGGUACGCCAAUCAGUUUUAAGAGCCAACAAUCAAAUAUGUUUAUUCCU